CUCUCGCGAGCUUUGUGUCAGAAACAGUUGAUUAUAAUGUCAGUACUGGCCAAUUUACGGGCUUAAAGCAGCAGCUGCACACUGCAGUUUCACCGAAGUGUUCAGAGAUCCUGACUCUCAGAAACUUUGCAGUUCCUGUGACCGAAGGGGGACACCAUGAUUUGCAAAUAUGGCACAGGUGUCCAUACCAGAUUUCUUAUGUGGUUUCUUCUCCUGUACAUGUUCAUCAGGAAGGUGCUGCCGGAAGAGAACAUCAUCACAACUAAGAAAGGCAGAGUAAAGGGGGUGAACUUGCAGGUACUAGGGGGAACGGUGACAGCCUUCCUUGGAAUUCCCUAUGGACAGCCGCCCAUUGGAAGACUGAGGUUUCAGAAACCAGAACCUCGUGAGAAGUGGUCAGAUAUCUGGAAUGCCACAGAACAGGCAAACUCUUGUUACCAAGCUAUAGACACAACUUUCCCUGGAUUUCCUGGCUCAGAGAUGUGGAAUCCAAAAACUAACCUAAGUGAAGACUGCUUAUACCUUAAUGUAUGGAUUCCCUCUCCCAAAACCAAGAAUGCAACUGUCAUGGUGUGGAUAUAUGGGGGUAGCUUUGAGGGUGGGUCAACUUCCCUGCCUGUCUAUGAUGGCAAGUUUCUGGCUAGGGUUGAAAGAGUCGUUGUUGUUUCUAUGAACUACCGGACUGGUGCAUUAGGAUUUUUGGCUUUGCCAGGAAACCAGGAAGCACCUGGAAAUGCAGGUUUAUUCGACCAAAGAUUAGCACUUCAGUGGGUCCAGGAGAACAUAGCAGCUUUUGGGGGCAAUCCGAGAAGUGUGACUAUAUUUGGAGAGAGUGCUGGCUCUGCUUCUGUCAGCUACCACGUCCUUUCUCCUGGAAGCCAUCCCUUUUUCACAAGAGCCAUCAUGCAAAGUGGAGCUGCAAAUGCCCCCUGGGCUGCAAUAACACCAUCAGAAGCCAGGAACAGAACUGUGGCUUUAGCCGAGUAUCUCCACUGUCCUACCAGCAAUGAGACAGAGCUAAUCGUCUGCCUCCAAGACAAGGACCCCCAGGAUAUAGUGAACAGUGAAAGCUUUGCUGUAGUAAGUGAAUCCCUUAUUAAAGUAUAUUUUGGUCCAACUGUGGAUGGCGAUUUUCUUCUGGAUAUGCCAAAAACAUUGGUUGAAGAUGGCCUUUUCAAACAGACACAGAUCUUAGUGGGCGUUAACAAAGAUGAAGGAUCAAGUUUUUUAGUAUAUGGAGUACCCGGUUUCAGCAAAGAUAACGAUAGCUUGAUCAAUAAAACAGAAUUUCAAGCAGCUUUAGCAUAUGCCUUCCCAGAAGCAAGCCAACUUGCAGUGGAAUCCAUCAUUUUUCAGUACACAGACUGGGAAAAUGAGCAGAAACCAGAGCAUUACCGUGAUGCCAUGGACGACGUGGUUGGUGAUUACACUAUGAUAUGUCCUGCGGUGGAAUUCGCAAAAAAGUUUGCGCAGCUAGGACACAACGCAUUCUUCUACUUCUUCGAACAUCGAUCCUCAAAGGUCUUUUGGCCAGAGUGGAUGGGAGUGAUGCACGGUAGCGAGAUCCAGUUUGUGUUUGGAUUACCCUUAGAAAGAAGAGCUAAUUACACCAAGGCUGAAGAAAUCUUAAGUAGGUCCAUGCUGAGAUACUGGGCAAGUUUUGCAAAAACGGGAACACCAAAUGCGACUCUGGCUAAUGGAACGAGGUGGCCAGUCUUCACGAGUACUGAACAAAAAUAUUUAACUUUAAAUACCGAACCUUCAGAGAUACGUACAAAAUUACGUGCUCAGCAGUGUCGAUUCUGGAAUACAUUUUUUCCCAAAGUCCUGGAAAUGACAGGAAGUGUUGAUGAAGCAGAACAAGAGUGGAAAGCAGGAUUCCAUCGCUGGAACAAUUACAUGUCGGACUGGAAAAAUCAAUUUAAUGAUUACACUAGCAAGAAGGAGAAAUGUGCAGGUCUCUAAUUAAUAUGUUUAUCCUUUCCAGUAUGUCUGUAUUACUGUUGAUCAAGGCAAAUAUACAGGUAUUUUUAACACAUCUAGCAUAAAAUGUUAUGCAGAUUUUUAAAAAAAUUAUGGGUAUAAUAUUAAUUCCCCAGAUCUUUCAUUUCUGUUUUACCUCAUAUCUCAAUAAACAACAAGACAUCCAAAACCCUUUGAAGCUUCAGUGUGCUAAAUAGGACUAUAGAUAUUAAAGUCUGAAGAUUAAUGAUGUACAUACUAUUACAAACAGUUGCUGCUUAAAUUCACACUUCAAAGAAACAAUGUAAUCUGUUAUAGAAAAAUGGAUUUUUUAAAUAGAAAUAGCUGUGUUUUAGAGUAUUGUCAUGCAAAACACAAUUGGUUUUGAUCUUUGACUGCGAUGCUACAGCACUUAAACCUUGCUUCAGACAUAAUUUAAUUGACAUAAACAUAAAGAGAUUAUAACUUUGCUGGACACAUCAAAUGAUAUUUGCUUGUUAGACCAAGAAGUUUUAAGGCAGUCAAUAAAGCCUGAAUUAUUGCUUCUUUAUGGCCAAAUCUGUAGGACAGCCAAAGCAGGAGAGCAUCCAAACUACCUGUUCACGGCCUAAAGUCAUCUGCCCCCUGUGCUAGCACAAUCGUCAAGCGAGUUAGAAUAGCCUCAGCUUCUGCUAACCCCGUUUUGCAAAGAGUGAGGACUGAGGGAUACGCAAAGAAAGAAAUCUGCGGCCAGGGCCACCCUUCCCCUGCUCACACACCCCAAGCCUUCAGUCUGCACAAGUCUCUGCUGUGCAGGUAAGCUCCGAUUAUGGUGAUUUUUGUCCACUGAGCUGCCUCCCAGGUGAUGCCCCACGUUUGCAGGAACGUGCGCUGCAGGAUACGCUUCCAUACCUGCAGAAAAGCACCGACCUGCAUGGUUCACCAGAAAUCAGUCCCGAAAGCCCUGCUCAGCCAGACAGAGCAGGGACCUUGCCCCAAAGCGUUUGCGCAUUUCAGGGAAAGCGUGGAAGGACAUCAUGCAAGGUGAAGUGGUCAGGACCACCGGCUCUUUCAGAGGCACACACGCAGCUAACUAUUCCUCCUACUUCUCCGCUUUUGGAUGGGGUUGGAAGUUAUAUGCCUCAAUAAUACCUUACUGAGCUUCCUUUCACCAUCCCAUCUGGGAAGAAUAAAUGUCAAGAAUUUAAUAUAAGGAAGAUGCAAGAGGAACAACCCAUCUCAUAAAUAAAUUAUCCUGAAGUUUUUGUAAAAGUCCCCACUUUCACUAUUUCUCUGCAGCCAUUUCCUGUUCUGGUGAUCACAAGCUCUUGCAAAAUUCCUUGUUUAAUUUGCCAUACUGAUGAGAUCUAGAUAGCAGAGAGCGGUCUCUUUUUGGUGUCCAACUUGAACAUGCAGGAUUCCUACACAAAAAGGGGUCAUCAUUUAUUUUUCAGAAAAGCCAAACUCCAUAACCCAUGAUAGCUUUUCAUCCUUUCAGUUAAGAGAAUACAAUUAUUUCCUGAAUAAGUUAUGAAAGAAAAGAAAAACUUCUAUCACAGUACUUCUGAAGACCACAAUCAAACUUCCACAACUUCCACAAUCAAAAACCUGAACAUUUUUGGGCAGGCUGGUUAUAACUAUGAAAGCAUCUAGAGGUUGAAAAACCCUCUUCAUACAGCAUUGCAUGUUCAUACCACAAGUAAUGAUCUCACUACCUACAUCAGCACGGUUACUGAUAUUAAAAACAGCAUGGAGAGCUGUGUCAGUCUGCAAUGCACUGGAUAUUUACUGAGGAUUGCUCAUACUGCUGAUAGCUACGGAGGACGUGCCAGAAGGACGAGCCUCUGCUCCUCCUCCAGCUGGGUCUGCCCAUCACCACAUCCCUCCGCGUGCGCUCCAGAGGUGCCGGGUACCGACCUGCCACAGCGAGCAUCCACAGGAGCGACACCACCCCCAGCACACUUACACACAGCACUUGUAGUCCUUGAUAUCCUCUCUUCAGCCGUAUUUCAGUAGAUAUCUGUCUAAUCAGCCCAAUCAAUUUAAAAAAAACUGAGCUAACUAAAAUGCACAAAUAACCUUUGGGAAGGGUGGUUGUAAAGAGGUUUAUAAAAUAUUUUGUUGGUUAGGUGUCUUUGUAUGUGCUGUUAGCUAGGCUGGAUAUUUGAAGAAUAAUUAAUACUCUUUCCACAGUAUGUAUACUGUGUCCAUUUCACAAUCUUAAAGAGGAAUAAAGAUGGAGGGGAGAGGAAAGAAUAAAAUAAAGCUUAAAUCACUUCUUAAA